AUAUCACAAGCUGCCAAACCAAAAGCAAACCAAAGCCAAUCUUUUGGCCUUUUCCCAUUUUUUUGAGAGUAGAAAACCUCCGGUGAUCGGUUUUCCGAUCAGCUAGACUCAUAAAUGGUGAAGAUCGCGUUAGGAACCGGCCGAGAGGCCACACAGAUUGACUGCAUCCAUGCCCUCAUUGUUGAGUUCAUUUGCACUUUCCUAUUUGUGUUUGCCGGCGUUGGUUCUGCCAUGGCUGCCGAUAAGCUAGGUGGAGAUUCUCUAGUGGGCCUGUUUUUCGUGGCCAUGGCUCAUGCACUGGUGGUUGCGGUGAUGAUAUCGGCGGGUUUCCGUAUCUCCGGUGGUCAUCUUAAUCCGGCGGUAACGCUCGGCCUCUGUGUUGGCGGUCACAUCACCGUAUUCAGGUCGAUCCUCUAUUGGAUCGAUCAACUCUUAGCUUCUGCAGCUGCUUGUGCUUUACUUAAGUAUCUUACUGGAGGAUUGACUACUCCUGUACAUACACUAGCCAGUGGAAUGGACUACUCCCAAGGAGUGAUAAUGGAGAUUAUCUUGACAUUCUCAUUGUUGUUCUCAGUAUAUGCCCUUUGUGUGGACCCAAAGAAGGGCUUUCUUGAUGGGCUAGGUCCAUUACUAGUUGGGCUUGUAGUUGGGGCCAACAUCAUGGCCGGUGGGCCUUUCUCAGGUGCUUCCAUGAACCCAGCAAGAUCUUUUGGGCCAGCCUUGGUGAGUGGAAACUGGACUGAUCACUGGGUUUACUGGGUCGGACCGCUCAUCGGUGGUGGGCUUGCUGGAUUAAUCUAUGAGAAUUUCUUCAUUGUUAGGUCUCAUGUUCCACUUCCAAGAGAGGAUGAAACUUUCUAGGGUUGUGCCAAGUGCUCAUAAUGUCAUUAUGUAGUGUUGCCUUUGGCUUUUGAUGUAUGGUACUCUGUUUAUUGCCUCUUUUUUAUUGUAAGUUUCCUGAUGAUGGAGUCUUGAUUGGUAUUUACUCUCUCUCUCUCUCUCUCUGUCUCUCAAAGCUGGGUAUGUUGUGAUAGUAAUUAUAUUAUAUUAAAUGGGUAUUGUUAUGCUUUA